UUGAAUGGCGGCCUACAUUUCCCAGAAUGCACCGCGACCGCGUUUUGUGGUGGGCAAAGCAACGCAAUGGCGGGUAUUUCCAUGCGACCAGCGUGCUGAACAAGAGAGAGAGAGAGAGCGCGAGAAUCAGUGAAGUGGACCUGAAGUGAAUGAAACGGAACCCUGAUGGCAGAACUCGGUUUCCGGUCGGUGCUCCUGCUCCUGCUGCCCCUGCUGCUCCUGACUUCCGGUUUCUCUCAUCACAGCCAGGCUGCUAAACUCAACAUCCCCAAAGUCCUGCUCCCUUUGGCCAGGAGCACAAAGAUCAACUUCACCCUGGAGGCCACUGAAGGCUGCUACAGAUGGUCGUCGAACAGACCCGAGGUGGCGAGUGUAGAAUCUAUAGACAUGGACGAGCGUCAGUGUUCUCAGAGAGCCGUGCUUCAGGCUCGCUCCACGCAGCUCUCGCGCCUCACCAGCAUCAUUCUCGCGGAGGACGUCGUGACGGGGCAGGUGUUACGAUGCGACGCCAUCGUGGACGUCAUCAGCGAGAUUCAGAUCGUCUCCACCACACGGGAGCUUCACCUGGAGGACUCGCCGCUGGAGCUGAUGAUCCACGCGCUGGAUUCAGAGGGAAACACGUUCAGCACGCUGGCAGGUCUGGUGUUCGACUGGAGCCUCGUGAAGGGCAUGGAGACGGCCACGUUCCCCGACUCCUACAGCUCGUUACGAGUCCUGAAGUUCUCCGAGUCGACCUACACGCCGCCGACGUACAUCUCGGAGAUGGAGAGAGUCGGGAAGCAGGGAGAUAUCAUCCUGGUGUCUGGGAUUAAAACCGGCCACGCAAAACUGAAAGCUAAAAUCCAGGAGCCUCUUUACACGCAUGUUGGAGCUGCAGAGGUGCAACUGCUGAUUCUGGAGAACAUCCUCCUGAGUCCCGCCUACGACGUCUACCUGCUGGCCGGGACCUCCAUCAAGUACAAGGUGCAGAAAAUCCGGCAAGGAAAGAUCACAGAGCUCUCCAUGCCGUGUGAUCAGUACGAGCUCCAGCUGAAGAACAGCGUCGUCGCUCCUGGAGGAGAUGCGUAUUCUGUGGUGGCCGAGCUCGAUCCCAGCACCUCCACGGUCUUCGCCCUUCAGCACGGACACGCCAACAUCGUCCUGGACCACAAGACUCUGGGAAUGAAAGGAGCUUCCCGGCUUCCCAACAGCACGCUGUACGUCGUGGAACCCGGAUACCUCGUGUUUAAGAUAAACCCCGGAGAACGCUGGGUUCUGGAGACCGGAAGAACCUACGAGAUCUUUAUUGAAGUGUUCGACAAGUCCAGUAACAAGAUUUAUCUUUCAGAUAACGUCCGGAUAGAACCCACCUUCCCUGAAGAGUUCUUCGAGGUUCUGGAGUCGUCGCUGAACGGAUCGUACCACCGCGUGAAAGCGGUGAAGAACGGACAGACGGUCAUCGAGGGGAUGCUGAGGGCCGUCGUCGAUCGGCGAGGAACCGAACACGCUCUUCCUGUUCCGGUGAGGAACGAACAGGACGUCGAAAUCUACAACCCCAUCGUCCUCAGUCCCUCCAUCCUCACGUUCCCAUGGCAACCGAAAGAAGGAGCGUAUCAGUACACCAUCAAGGCGAGCGGAGGAAGCGGAAACUUCAGCUGGUCUUCCUCAAACGCAGCCGUCGCUACGGUAACGGUGAAGGGCGUGAUGACGACGGUGCGCGACGUCGGAGUGAGUACGGUGUACGCUCACGACCUGCGGAACCCGCUGCAUUACGGAGAGAUGAAGGUGUACGUGAUCGAGCCCGUGAGGAUGGAGUUCGCUCCGUGUGUGGUGGAGGCUCGGGUGAAUCUCACGCUGGAGCUCCCGCUGCGUAUCUUCGGCCAGCUGAGCUCCGAGGACGGAGAGAAGGUCACGCUGAGCGACUGCUCACACUUUGAUUUGCAGGUCCAGAUGGAAAAUCACGGCGUGUUUCAGCUGCAGGACGGGCGUUUACUCCCGGGUCAGCAGCACUGCAGCGGCGUGCGAGUCCAGGCCGUAUCUCCCGGUUACACAAACCUGCUGGUCAGUUACACACACGGAAACGUUCACCUGAGCGCCAAGAUCACCAUCGCUGCGUACCCGCCUCUCCGAGCUGUGGAUCCAGUCUCCGUUGCUCUCGUUACUCUCGGCUCCUCUAAAGACAUGCUGUUUGAAGGAGGCCCGAAGCCGUGGAUCCUCGAACCUUCCAAGUUCUUCAGAAACCUGACGGCUGAGGAUCCGAGCAGCGUCACGUUAACGCUAACAGGCCCGGCGUCACGCAACUACUUCACUCACCACGUCAGAGCGUCGUGCCGCGGCCUCGGGGAACAGGUGUUGGCAGUGACGGUGGGGAAUCGGCCGACGCUCACUAAUCCCUUCCCGGCCGUGGAGCCGGCGGUGGUGAAGUUCGUGUGCGCUCCUCCAUCACGCCUGGCGCUCGUCCCCGUCUACACCAACGCUCAGCUCGACCUGUCCUGCCCCCUGCUGCAGCACAACAAACAAGUGGUUCCAGUGUCUAAUUACCGGAACCCGGAGCUGGACGUGGCGGCGUUUGACCAGCAGGGCAGGAAGUUUGAUAACUUCAGCUCUCUGAGUGUGACGUGGGAAACGUCCAGAGCCGCGCUGGCCAGCAUCGAGUCCAACACGCCCAUGGAGCUGUACGUCACUGAGGAGCCCAACACCAAGCAGAGGAAACUCCACGGACGUCAGACGGUGUUUGUUCAUCACGAGUCGGGCGUGGCGGCCAUCACUGUGAGCGCGCUGGGCUACCAGACAUCUCACCUGGAGAAAGCGGCUGUUCUGCCUGGAUUUGAGCCUCUGACGGUGGUCUCUGCUACACUGGAUCUCCUGUUGGUUGAGGAUGUAACUGUGACCCCGCAGGCUGUCUCCAUUUAUAAUCACCCUGAUGUGCGGGCUGAGCUCACGCUGCGAGAAGGCUCGGGUUAUUUCUUCGUGAAUACCAGCGUUCGGGGAAUCGCUGACGUGGAGUUUCAGGAGUCUCGAGGAACUGCUGAGGUGGUUCCAGUGCACCCCGGUGUCCUCCAGGUGAUGGUUCACGACCUCUGCUUGACCUUUCCCGCCCCCGCCACGGCCACCGUGCACGUGUCGGACAUCCUGGAGGUUUACGUGCGUGUGGUGGAUAAGGUGGAGAUUGGGAAGUCUGUGAGAGCAUACGUUCGAGUUUUGGACGACAACAAAAAGCCGUUUCUUGCCAAAUAUUUCUCUCAUAUGAAUCUGAAACUGAAAGCUGCAUCAUCCAUCGUGUCUCUGCAACCUUUAUCUGAGUAUUCUGAGAAGGACACGGCGACGUUCCUGGUCAAAGGCGUGGUGAUCGGUCAGACGAGUAUCUCCGCCGUCGUGACCGAUAAAACCGGGAGAACGAUCUCAUCUGCACCGCAGCAAAUCGAAGUUUUCCCGCCUUUCAGGCUGCUCCCGAGAAAAGUCACGCUGAUUAUCGGGGCGGUGAUGCAGAUCACAUCAGAAGGAGGUCCACAGCCUCAGUCCAACAUCCUGUUCUCCUUGAGCGACUCGAACAUCGCCUCCGUUAACAGCAUCGGUCUGGUUCGUGGCGUCGCCGUGGGCAACAUGACCGUUACGGGAGUCGUACAAGCCGUCGAUACGGAAAGCGGCAAACUGGUGGUGAUCUCACAGGAUCAGGUGGAGGUGGAGGUGGUGCAGCUGAAAGGCGUUCGAAUCAGAGUGCCCAUCACCCGGAUGAAGACCGGCGCCAUGAUGCCAGUGUACGUGAUGGGUCUAACGAGCAGCGAGACGCCGUUCUCCUUCGGUAAUGCUCUUCCAGGACUCACGUUCCACUGGAGCGUAACCAAGAGAGACAUCCUGGACGUCCACACGCGCCAUUCAGAGGCCUCCAUUAAACUUUCAGCUGAGCACAACUUCGCCAUGAGUGUGUCGGGCCGCAGCAAAGGCCGCACAGGACUGAAGGUGGUGGUGCGAGCGACGGUUCCAGAAGCUGGGCAUCUCUGGGGCAACAAGCUGGAGCUGAGUGACGAGAUUCAGAUCCAGGUUUAUGAGAAACUGCAGCUGCUGAAUCCAGAAGUGCAAGCUGAGGAGAUUUUAAUGUCCCCGAACUCCUUAUUAAAACUUCAAACCAACCGGGAUGGAGUGGGUUCUCUGUCGUAUCGGGUUCUAGAUUGUCCUGAUAAAGCUCCUCUCGUCCACGUGGAUGAUAACGGCCAUCUCACGUCAGGCUCGCUGACGGGCACGGCGUCCUUACAGAUCACCGCUCAGGAGAGCUUCGGGGUCAACCAGACCAUCAUCCUCGCCGUGAAGGUGGUGACCGUGUCGUACCUGAGACUGAGCACCAGUCCAGUUUUCUACACCUCUAACAAAGAGAUGCUGUCGGCCGUCCCGCUCGGCUCCGUCCUCACCUUCACCGUCCACUUCCACGACAGCAGUGGUGAAGCUCUGCACAGCCACAACUCCCAGCUCACCUUCUCCACCAACAGGGACGACCUGGUGCAGGUGGGUAAAGGUGUGAGUAACAGCUCUCUCACGGUGAGGACAGUAAACGUGGGUUUGACGUUGUUGAGUGUUUGGGAUUCGGAGCAAAGCAGCCUGGUGGAUUACGUCGCUCUUCCCGUCCAUCACGCCAUCCAGCCGGUCGACGCCCACGACCUGGUGCCCGCUGACGUCGUGUGUUUUUCAGCGCAGCUCGUCAGCCAUGGUGACGGUCUGUCAGGAACGUGGAGCUCUUCAUCCAGCGCCAUCCUGGAGAUCCAUCCCAAAACGGGCGUGGCUGUAGCUAGAGACGUGGGAACUGUGACGGUUUAUUACGAGAUUCCAGGACACCUGCGCACGUACAGAGAGGUCGUCGUGAACAGAGUCUCCAGGACGGUCGCAACGGUUCCCUCGGGUUCUGUGAGAAACGAGAGAGAGACCAAAGUGCUCCUCACCACCAGAGAGCGAGGAACCAACCUCAUCGGAAGCUGCUCGCUCGCUCAGUUGGAAAGCGUCGCGUCUCUGCAGCCGGAGAAGUCCAUCAGCUGCCGUCUGCAGUUCACCAGCGACGCCGUCGACUUCUCCGCCCACGACGUCUAUCACACACACACCACCUUCGACACAAGCACAGGUGUGUACAGCUGUGUGUUGACCCUCGGGCUGAUGACGGAGCAGCAGGUGAAGGUUCUGGGCGUGUCCAUGAGCGGAGUGAGGGUGGAGGCGGAUGUGGAGGGAAGUCGUUUUUCAGGAGAGCGAGUCAGCGCUGAGCUGCAGGUGAAUCCCGGAUUCUACUCCGAUCAAACACACAUCAUCCUGAGCAGCCAGCACACCACCGCCGAGUUCAGUGUGUACGGAGCCACGGGACUGCUGCAGCACCUGCAGGUGAAGUCGAGCUCUCCCUCCAUCCUGGUCCAGGAGAAGGAGGUUUCCUCCACCUACCCGAGCUUCAUCAGAUACACCGUGACGCUGCUGAACCUGCGCGACGUCACGUCUGCCUCUGUGACCGUGUCGAGUCCCGGCAGCGAGCAGCAGCUGCUCAUCCCCAUCACCGUCGUACACACUGCAGACCCCAGCUCCACCACCAGAGCGGGCGUGGUCGGGGGAGAGGGAGUCGGGAUCCUGCAGCAGUUCAUGGACUCGUAUCAGGUCAUGUUCUUCACGCUGUUUGCUCUCCUGGCAGGUACAGCCGUCAUCGUUAUCGUGUGUCACGCCAUUUUCUCUCCGAGAGACCCACCAGUUCAUCCUGCCUUCAUCCAGAGAACUCCGCCCGCUCCAGCGUCUCCGGCCGCGAGUCAUUUUAACAGCUCGCUCCAUUCGUCUGAUCUGAGGAGCAGCCCGAAGCUGCGUCUGUUCUCUCCAGACUACAACUGCCGCUGAAAUGCAGCCGCAAAUACGCAAACCUCCGUCUGUCCCAAGUGCCUUCGAUACGAAGAAAAACACACAAGUGGUGUGUGUGCGUGUGUGUGCGUGUGUGUGCGUGUCUGUGCGUGUGUGUGCGCGUGUGUGCGCGCGCGUGUGUGUGUGCUCAGCAAUCGCAUCCUGAAUUAGCGCUCGAGUGUGUGUGAGAUUCGUUGCACUGCAGGUUGAAGUUUGUGUCUGUGUGUGUGUCUGUGUGUGUGUCUGUGUGUGUGUGUUGCUUUCUUAUACUUACUUUUGCUGAUUUGACUUUUUUUUUUCCCUUUUUUUUUUUUUUUUGUAAAACUGAUUAUUUAUGAUAGCCUAGAUUUUUUUUUUUUUUUUUUUUUGCAUGUUUUAUAACUCCGGGCAUUUUUAUUCCAGUCGAUCUGAUGAAUCUGUGAAUACGUGAAAUCUCAGGACCUCACAUCCAACACGCUAAUCACGUGAUGUAGCGCAUUAUUAAUAUUAUUAUUCUAGUAUUGUGAAUAACGUGGGUGUAGUGUCAUCACUGAAUCCGUCCUCGCUAUGCCUCACUGCGGAAAAAAACGUGUGUUAAUGCAGAAGAAAAGGAUCCUAAGCCAGUUUUUUUUUUUUUUUUGUGAAGUGAAAACGUUUCUACUGUUUUUGACGAAGCGUUAACGCGACUCGUCUGAGCCACUGGGCAGCUUCUCCAUUAUUCAUGUGAAACAACUGAGGAUCUUAAAUUACUGCUCACAUCCAGGGUUCAAAAGUCUGAGUCAACCAUCAGGAACUGGUUUUAUUCUAACAACCAUCAGAAAUAAUAAUAAUAAUAAUAAUAAUCUCAAGUUGCGAUGUGCGGGGCCCAAGCACCAUUUGCAGCUCGCGCCGCUAGUGGCUACUUCUUGCCAGGUUGCACAGAGCACUAAAGCAACCAGAGAUUUGGUUUUGUGAUGGUAGCUUAAUGCUAACACCAUGAUGUGUGUGCUGGAAGCUGAUUGGCUGAUGGCGGCCAUGUGUUUUUUUUUUGUUUGUUUUUGUUUUUUUUUAAAUAACACGACCGCCAGUUGAAAUUCCGCUCACAGAUGAACCACAACGAUGCAGUACAGCUUGAUCUGAUUUAUAGUGCCUGAUAUUUGAAUUUAACUCCGCCCCCCAGCCAUGGAUGACCACGCCCCAACCUUCGCACACGGCCUCAGCAUUUAGUCUUAUAAUUUUCAUGCGAAGUUUCAUGCGAAUCCGACUAAAAUGUCGUGUCUCGUAGCUGAUUGAGUAAAUUACACUCCGCCAUUCUGUAGUUGGAGAUGUGGCGGCCAUUUUGUUUUGAGUAAUCAAUUUUUUGUAACGAUGUGAAACAUCCAAGCACUAGUUUGCAAAAAUAGUUUUUGCAUAUUAUGUAAAUGAGGAAAAAUGUCUAGCGAGCUACAGUUUGCUCAACACGAUUAGUUUUAGUGGAGAAGAAGAAGAAGAAGAAUCUUAAUGAAACAGUAGUGCUGCUGUCACUAGGUGCUUGGACCCCUAAUUAUUUUUCUCAAGUAACUAUGUUUCCGUAUUAAUACGCUUUAUUUUAGUUUACUGAAUUAUAAAGAAAUUCGAAUGAUUAUUCAGAAUAAUUAGAAGAUUGUCUUCUUCAAGCACAGGUCCAGUGCCGUUUCUAAAUCUGUCCAUAAUUAUAAAAAAAUCCGCCAAAAUUGGACUAUUGUGCAGAUUAAUUAUUGCGAUUUACUGAAUAUAUAUUUAUCUGCACUCUAAGAAAUAUCGCUGUAUGUUAGUGAUGAACACGAGUAAUCGUUUACACAAGUUUACAUCUCUCAAGGUUUCUGGGUGAAAAAGGGAAAAUGUAGGUCUUUGUUAGAAGAAAUCUGUUUUAACCAAAAAAUAAAAAUAAAA